AACUUUUCCAAAGCUCAGUCCUAAGGGUUCCUCGACACAAUUCGAACCUCACACGAGUUUAAACUCGAUUAGUUACCAGUCUUGCCUAGUUGUGCUGUGCUGUGGAUCAGUAUUUUAAGUGCAUUAAGUGCAAGUGCUUACAUAAUUUAAUAAACAACAAGACUUUAUUUAGUGAAUAAAAGACGAAUAAAUAAUCAGUGAAUUUAAAAUGCAAGGCUAUCAACGGACUUUCGAUGAUCGUGAUCAAUACAAAGACGAAGAAACUAUCGUUGUGGAUUUGGUACCACCUCAGUAUCAAUUAUCUCCACCUCAUAGUCCAGCCACUUCGGCACCAAAGUCGCCCGAAAAAGAUUCACCAAACAAACAGCAACAACCAAUGGGAAAUAUGGACCCAAACUUGCGUCGAUACCGAACCGCAUUCACACGCGAACAGCUUUCACGUUUAGAAAAGGAAUUUAUUAGGGAAAAUUACGUCAGCAGGCCACGGAGAUGCGAACUUGCUGCUCAAUUGAAUUUACCUGAAGGCACUAUUAAGGUCUGGUUUCAAAACCGGCGGAUGAAAGACAAACGUCAGAGGAUGGCAUUGGCCUGGCCUUACGCAAUGUACAAUGACCCAACUUUUGCUGCGUCAUUAAUAGCAGCUGCUGCAUCAGUUAAUGUAUUACCUCAGUCGCCAUAUCAUCCAUCGGCAGGAUUUCCUGGUGGUUAUCCAGGGUCAGCAUACGCAGCAUAUGCAAGUGCAGCGCGAUACAAUCCUUAUGUUGGAAGCCCUCCUAGUAAUGGACUCCAUCGACCGCAUCCGCAGACACCCGGUUACCCAGCGCACCCGCACCUUCUUCAGCCCCACGGAAUCUCACCCUUACAUUUAACGGGUCUUGUCGGGGUUGGAAAUAAUCAAAACUUUGGUACGCCCACGGCUCAGCUACCAACGCCUUCAGCUUACAGACCUGCGCAUCUCGCAGAACUCAGUCCAGCUCAUUCAGAUACUUCAAGUGACUGCGAUUGCGCUGGUUCUGUUCAUCAUCAUCAUGCAAAUGUUAAUGUUAAUAAUAAUUCUAAUGGCCGGGAAGAAACCCCACCUCUUAAAUUACCAGCUGGGUUAACUUUGAACGGUUUUCCGCAAAUUCAAAACGCAUUCGAUAGCAAAGAUAUUAAUUUCCAUUACAAUUCUCAUGUUAUGUCUUCGGGUAUUAGUCCUAAUAAAAUGGGACCACCAAAAUUAUUCCAGCCGUACAAAACAGAUGUUUCUGAAAAAGCGUGAAAAUAAAUUUUUUAUGAUAAUUUGUAAAUUUUGUAGAAAAUUCUAGACUAUCUGUUUUUCUCGAAUUUCAUUUUAUCGCUUUUAUAAAAAAAAAUUGGGCAAAUUGGUCAUUUAACACAAAUUCAAACUCUAUACAGUAAAAAACGAAUCGUCAAAGUGUAAAAAAAAUGUGUGUUAAAAUUUUGAGUGUUGAAUUCUUAACACUUUUGUGUGUCAAUUUAAUACACAAUGUCAUUUUAUUCGAAAUACUUUUUAUGUUACUGUCAAAUCAACACAUAAAAUGUCAGAAAUAAUCUCGGCUAUUACAAAAAAAUUCUUGGAAAAUUUUUACUUUUAACAGAUGAGUGUGUAACGUUUUUUAACACAACAUGUUAAAGUAACAUAUAAAUAAGUGUAAAACGUUCGUUUCACACACGAUAUAUGAUUUUGACGAAUCCUUUUUUACUGUGUAGUUAUAAAAAAAAAAACUGAUAUAAAGUUUACCCUGUGAGUAGACUCUAAAACUUCCCGCUGUUUUCGUGCUUAGGCUUCAAAAAUUUUGUUACUUUCAAAUUUUCGCGCAAUAUUCAAAUCGGUUGAUUCGUUCCAAAGAUAUCGUACUAAAAAACUUAGCUUACACGCAUGGAUGCGAGCGUCUAUGCAAAAAUGGUCCGAUGAGCUUCCGAGGAGCUCAAAUAACGAAAGCUGGACUUUCAAAAUGGCGAAAACAGGAUUUUCGAAAAUCGGACCAAAACUAAAAAUUCUUUUUUUUAAUUUUAAAUUUUCAUAGCGGGAAGUUGAAAAAUUUGCACCGUACUCUAAAAUUGUGGGUCAAAUGAACUGCAAAAAAAAUUUUUGUUCAAUUUUGAGUAACUGCCGAUGGCCAACUUUCCCCAUUUUUCUUUUUUUUUUAAACCUAAACCAAAAUCUUGCCCUCUGUAAAAAAAUGUAACAAUUUUCAUUUAAAAAAAAAUUGACAGCAAAUUUUAAUUAAUUUAUUUUACUUCAAAACUUUUACAGUCGUUUUUAAUUGAAAUUUAUUUUUGAUACACGUUUUUUUUAGUUAAUUUGUAAAUAAUUACUUAUUUAUUAUUGUACUAAUUAUUAAGAAUAAACCGAAGACUUAGCCGAGAUUUUUAUUUAUAAUUCAA